UGAUAAGAAGAAUUCAGUGAAGAAGAUUCCCCCCAAAAUUCCCAGAGCAAUGCGCGUGCGUGUGUUCUCUCUCUUUCUUCUCUCUUCGCCUAGGGUUUAACACGGGGUUUUCUUCAAUCUGAUAGCUGAUACGACAAUGUCAUUUUCGUUAUUCUCCACGCCGCAGCAACAGCAACAGCAACCGCAACAGCAACUGUUUCAACCACAGCAGCAGUCUCCUUUCCAGCAGAGUAGUUUGUUCCUUCAACAGCAGCAGCAGCAGCAGCAGCAACAACAACAACAACAACAACAAUUUCAAGCUCAACAACAGCAACAGCAACAGCAACAACAGCAGCAGCAGCAACCGCAGCUGUUCUUGUACACUAACGAUAGAACUCCCGCUAGUUAUAGUACCAAUUGGGCGGAUCUACAUCCUGAUUCCCAGAAGCUUCUCCUUCUUAUCGAGGGGCGGAUAUUGGAGUAUAGGGACGAAAGUCAGAGACUAGAUCAGAGUAAUCGUCUGUAUGAUUCUUCAGUUUCGAACGAUGGAUUUGAGCUUGAUGCUAGCCAUAUUGUUCAGGAACUUGGUGGAAUUAGCACUGCUAUGGAACGACAGAAAACUUUGCUGCAGGAACUGAUGUCCGUUGUUAAGGAUAUGUUACACAACACAGAGGUUGCAGUUCGUUCCUUUAUGAUGCUACGUCCAAGAUUCCUUCAUCCCAGUGGGGGUGCAUCAAGUGCCACUGCCCCAUCACAGACUCCUGGGGCAAAUUUAACACCUAGUUCGAGUAGCCAACCAAUGGGUACAUCUAUAGUGCCUGUUUUUGAUUUCUAUAGCGGUCUUCCAAAGAAACCAUCACCCUUUUUUCAGCAAACAGUUUUAAGAUUUGAGAAGUAUCUUGGUGAAUGCCAUCAAUGGAUUGAGGAGUUGGAACAGCUGCUUCUCUUUGACAGUGAGAGAAAUACUUCCAGUAAUGGAUCCUCGUUAUUGCAAUCCCUUCCCAAAGUCAUGACAAAUGUGCAUGACUUUUUUGUUCACGUGGCUGCAAAGGUGGAGAGCAUUCAUCAGUACAUUGAAUCUAUGAAAUCAGCAUACCUAGCUGAUCAGCGCCGCCGGGGGGAGGUGAAUGAUCCAUUUCUAGAAGCUGAUCGGCGAGAAACUGCAAGACAAGAAGCUGCUUCAAAAAGAGUUCAUCCAACGUUGCAUUUACCUGCAAAUUCACAACCCUUAACUCAAGUUGCUGGUUUGUUUUCCAGUUCAGUAACUCAAGGGGCGUUGAUUGCCCCGCAGACAUCUGCAGCAACUUCAUCUUUGUCAUCAGGAAGUGGUUUCUCUCUUUUUAGCACGCCUUCUUCUGCUCCAUCAUCUUCUAUGCCAUCUUCUUUGUUUACAACACCAAUAACUCCUGCUCCAGGAUCAUCUUGGUUUGGAUCAUCUACUGCUACACCUCAAACCUCACUUUUUGGUCCUUCAUCAUCAUCCUUACCUGGUCCUGCAUCAACUCCCUCUCUGUUUAGUAAUACUGCUCCAUUGUUUAGUACAACUCCGGCUGCAGGUUCACUCUUUUCAACUCCAUUUGUUUCAGGUGCUGCAACAGGAUCAGGGGCAAGCUUUGGGCAUGGAUCAAAAAAUCCACGGCCAAAAUCCAGAACUGCCCGACGGUAAUAAAAGCGAUCUGAAAUCAUAGAGUUGAUGGGAUCCUUUUCUGCAACCGAACAAACAUACAAUGCUCCACUUGAAAUAUUGGUUUUUCCUUGUUAGAUGGUCUUAGGAUUGGUUUUUGCUAUGAAUCUGAUGAGUCUUGGAACGUGGAUGCUGAUUUGAAGGCACGGAUACAUGUUGACAUCAGGGUUCAAUCCAUGGAGUUGUUUCAUUUGGCAUUCUAUGAGUUACUAUUGGACCCAUUUUCUUUAUCAUUGUAGAUUAAUAUAGGUUAGAUGAUUUUGAAUGCGAAAUUUUCAUGAAUUGUAGCUAGUCUGUUUAGAAGAGAGCAAGAUUGGAGCAGUGGUAAAACUGUGCCAUUGUGAUUGAAAUGUCAUGGGUUCGAAUCAAGGAAAUAACCUUUCUGCAAUUAUGUAAGGGUAAUGUUGCGUAUAAAAAUUGCUUUCACAUAAUCUUCGUUAGUCAAGGUUUAACGGAGAGUGGUGUAAUUAGCCUGUCUAGCUUAUUUCAUGAUACAUUGUAGCUAGCUUCUUUCCCGGUUCCGGUUUGGGCCUGAUUCAUCGUUUACUAUUGUAAAAGAUACAAAGUUGCUAGGCGGUUGUUUGGAUACAUUUUUUUUUUCUUGGUAAAUUGUUUGGAUACAUUUUAUUGAUAUAUUUUAAACGUGGAGUAACUGAUCUUUAAUAUUUCUUUUUUAAUUUGACGAUUUUCACUCAAA